AUGCGUACGAGUGAUCUCCUGUUGUUUUACAUAUUGUUAAUUGCGCCAAUUUCUAUUGCUUUAUUUCUGUAUGGUUUCUUCCCGGCUGCUCAUCAUGUUGACAAAAUUGCUACUCGAAAAGAUAUCCCACAACAUGUUGAGAAUGUUAGAAUACAGACAAAUGUGCUAUACAAACCGAUAGUGAAUAAAUUGAUAAUCAUGGUGAUUGAUGCACUGAGAUGGGACUUUGUUGCAAGUCCAUUAGGAAAGCUUGCCAUGCCGAUAACAAGCAGUCUACUGGCAAAUUCUUCUGGAUGUUUGUUAAGGACUAAAUUACAAUCACCUACAGUGACAAUGCCCAGAAUAAAGGCUAUGAUGACUGGCACAGUGCCGAAUUUUGUAGAUGUAGUACUGAAUUUGGGAAGUAAACCUCUGUUGAGUGACAGCUUUUUGGUCCAGGCAAAGAAGCAAGGACAUAAAUUGGUGUUCUAUGGUGACGAAACUUGGCUCUCCCUAUUUCCCAACCUGUUUAUGCGUUAUGAGGGUACCACUUCGUUUUUUGUUACAGAUUUUACAGAAGUGGACAACAAUGUAACUCGACAUAUACAGGAUGAACUAAAUAAUGAUGACUGGUCUGUGAUGAUUCUGCAUUAUCUUGGACUCGACCACAUUGGUCACAUUGAAGGCCCGUUCGGCGCAUCAAUUAAACUCAAAUUACAAGAAAUGGACGAGAUCAUCGCUCAGAUAGCCCGCAAAGUGCGGUAUUGGAAUGAUAACGGAACUCCCGCACUCUUCGUCGUUUGCGGCGAUCAUGGGAUGAAGGACUCAGGUGGCCACGGUGGCUCGACGCUGCAGGAGACAACUGUGCCGCUUGUUACGAUUGGACAAAUUCGCUGUCCUCGAAAAAAUGAAUCAGAGCCGAUUGAAAUUGAACAACUAGACAUAGCGGCAACGCUCUCGGUUGCUCUGGGAUUACCCAUUCCUUCUACGAACCUUGGAUCUGUAUUCCUGGACAGUAUCUACGAUCUCACCGACUCUAAAAGACUAUUUCUUCUCUAUUACAACACGAAACAGCUAUUUAAUCAUUUCCGGGAUCUCGUAGCCAGUGAGUCACAAAAUAUACAUCGGAAAUAUAGAAAUACCGUGAGGCUUCACAUUGGUUGGUUGAAUGCGAACGAGAAACCGAGCGAGAUGGUGGAGAACAUCGUCUCUUCAUACAACGCGAUCCUCAAGGAAAUGAAGACUGCUUUGAUCACCAGUAUGGUCAAGUACGAUAUUCGCUCAAUGACCGCAGCUGUACUUUUCCUUUUACACAUACUUUGCAUUUUGUUCGUUGUUAGAAAUCUGGCUGGAUCUACGUGCAAAAAGACCGCAUUCUUUUUUGUGCUAAACGCGAGUUUGUGCCUGGGGAUAAAUUACUUCGUUGAUCCUGAGAGCACGACUUCGCCUUACCCGACGAGUGCGUUCAGUCUUCUGCUGAUCGUACUUAUUAUCACUAUUUUAUGCAUAAAUUGCUAUUUUUUGUCAAGUGUAAAACGUGGCGAUUUGUUUUUGAUAAAGGUGAAAAAGGGAUCAAAGAUACGGAUAUUCCAGAUCGGUGCGUUGUUGCACGUAGCGAGCUUUGCUGGCAGCAGUUUUGUUGAAGAGGAGCAUCAGACUUGGUAUUUCUUCUGGGGCAGUACAGUUGCGUGCUUGCUUUAUCGUUGCUCUGGAAAAUGGUUCGCGUACCAUCGAUAUUGCAGUGAUUCUAGCCAUCAGUUCCACGUACUUUGCAUUAAGUUAUUGUUGCUACUGAUAGGGCACAGAAUUCUGCGAAAACUAAAUAGCACCGGCGAUAAGUACGCCCAUCUACCCGAUAUAGCUGGUUGGUUGAAGGAAAAUGAUAGCAAAGUAGGAAUGACGCUCCUACUGCUCGCUGCACUCAUUUUUCUAAUUUGGAUCGCUUACGAUUGCGAGGAUAAGGAAUACAGGUGGCAAUCGUUAAUUCUUAAUACAGUAAUUGCAAUAUGCAUAUAUCUUCGCCAUAUGGCUAAUGAUGCGGUUGGAAAAAUUCCGUCAUAUUUCUCGUCGAGUGGAAUAUACGAAGUGCAAACGUUUUGGGGAAUAACAGCAUUAUUUCUCGUGAGCUGUGGUUAUCGAAUGAGAUUAAUGAUCAAAUAUAACAGGAAACGUUUCACGAGCACGAUGUUGUUCUUUAUGAUCAAUAUUUGGGUGAUGAUCUCGGCGAUGUUGCACCAGCCGUAUAAUGUGAUCUUAUUGCCGAUGCAGAUCGUCGCGAGUUCAAUCAUCGACACUGUAUUAAGGGAAAAUAAUUUGCUCGAUCUCAGUAUCUAUGCGCAUUAUUGGCUCGGCAAUGUAUUCUAUUUUUAUCAGGGCAACUCCAAUAGCCUCGCAAGUGUAGACGUCGCGGCAGGAUAUAUCGGACUGCGUUCCUAUAUGCCCUUCGUCAUCGGCGCAUAUUUAAUCGUCAACACUUAUUCCGCUCCAGUCUUGGCUUAUUUCUUGCUCAUUUACUAUCGACAAUUGAACGAAACGCACUCUGACGCUGUUGUGCGAACAAGCAAAACUUACAUCACGUGGAGAUUGUUCACGAUGACUGUUUACACGAUCAUUGUUACAGUACAGCGUCAUCAUCUGUUUGUCUGGUCGGUAUUCUCGCCGAAAUUGUUGUACGAAUCGAUGUACUCCGUGAUAAUGUGUUGCAGCACGCUACUAGUCUUAAUCGUGAUUAAGUUGCAACGUGCAUUGAUAUUUAAUUAUACAACAGCAACGACAUCGCAAUUCUAAUUGUACGAAUUUCAGUAUUCAACUGAAAGCUCUAUUCCUGAAAUACAGUAUUAACUGUAUAAAGAUGAAUAUGCCAUACAAACGGACACUUAAUAUUAAAAUAAAUUUGCGACGAGAGUGAACUAUAUCGUUCAACAGAAACUUUAUUUUUAUUUAAAAAAAAAAUCUCGACAAUCGUUGCAUUUCGCUUGAUCGGAGGUAAAAUUGAAUAUUGCCUCCGAACAAGAUGCGAACAAGACUAUUAUCAUCGUCUACCUAUUAUCAGUCACAACCAAAGAAUUUUUACUAACGAGAGAUCAGGAAACAUAUCAUGGAACUGUUUGAAAAGACUAUCAUGAUUUUCUAGAACAAUGUGCGAAAAGUUAAUGCAAUUGAAAUGAAGCUACGAAGAUAGUUAACAUUGUACGCACGAUUAUGAAAAACGUGUGCAGAAAAUUAUGUAACAUAAUUAUAUAAUAUAUUGAGACUCAUAUAUAAGAAUCCAAAGAAAUAUGGUAUAGUACAAUCAGAAACUCUGUUAGAAAUUCGAGCUUCUGUUAUAAUCGGAAGUAGUUCCAUGAUAGCUUUCAUAUUUUUAGAACCUGGAAUUCAUAACACUUUUAUGCGAAUAUACUGUGAUUUCUCGCAAAACACGCUUAUUGCUAUGAAUUCCCUAAAAUUUGCACUAGCUUUGUAUCCGCAAAUAAAUUAUUUUCCAUAGGAACAUCUUCGUAUGUAUAAAUACAUUACUAAUACUAAAGGCAUUAAAUACAAGAUGUCUCAGA